AAAAAGAUGUCUAGCAGAAGAUCAAGUAGGUCCAGACAAGCCAGUGGCUCCAGGAACAUCACCGACGAUCAGAUCAAUGACCUUGUUUCCAAGUUGCAACAGCUUCUUCCUGAGAUUCGCGAUAGGCGUUCUGAUAAGGUUUCAGCAGCGAAGGUGUUGCAGGAGACAUGUAACUACAUAAGAAGCUUACACAGGGAAGUGGACGAUCUAAGUGAACGCUUAUCUGAGCUCUUGGCCACAACUGAUACCGCGCAAGCUGCCAUUAUUAGAAACCUACUUAUGCAAUAGACUCUUCUUCUUCUUAAUCUAUUUUCUUAGUUAUUUAAUUUAGCACCUCUUAAUUUCACUUAAUUAUGAGGAGAGUUCCUACUACGUAGUCCCCCCUGUUUUCUUCUCCUUAAAUUGAGUCCGUUUUUCUUGCAGUUUUGUACUACUGCUAGCUAGCUAGGGUUUGUGUACUAGAUA